CAAUUCCACCAUCACCCACGAGGCCACCACCACUCCACUCCACGGCUCCACCACUCCACGUCUCGGCUUCCUUCCUUCUCCCCCCUCCAGACCUUCACCCGGGCGCUGAAUCUCCAAACGAGAUCGCGCUCCGCAUGUGACGCCGCCUGCGCCGGUCUCCGCCUCCGAUCCAGAGAUAAGUUAACAUUUGGAGAAGAAUAGUUAACAAAUUAAGCACUGGGAUUUCAUUCAUUCUGUCUCUGGCAUUUCAAUAAUGUGGAAGCUCAAUCCCUUUGGGGGAAAAGUACAGAGUGGGUUAGAAGGCCGCACCAUUGAUGUUGGAAAUGUGAAGAUUACAGUACGAAAUGUCAUUGCACAAGGAGGUUUCUCUUGUGUAUAUCUUGCAUGCGACACAGUACAUCCAUCAAAGCUGUACGCAUUGAAGCACAUUAUCUGCAAUGACUCAGAAUCGCUUGACCUUGUCAUGAAGGAGAUCCAGGUGAUGGACCUCCUCAAAGGGCAUCCUAAUGUGGUCACACUGGUCGCCCAUGAUGUUUUCGACAUGGGCCGUACAAAGGAGGCACUGCUUGUGAUGGAGUUCUGUGAGAAGUCCUUGGUGAGCGCAAUGGAGAGUAGAGGCAGUGGUUACUAUGAGGAGGAGAAGGCACUUUUGAUUUUCCGAGAUGUCUGUAAUGCUGUUUUUACUAUGCAUGGACAGUCACCACCAAUUGCACAUAGGGAUAUGAAAGCUGAAAAUGUUCUUCUUGGAUUUGACGGCGCAUGGAAAAUAUGUGAUUUUGGAAGCACAUCAACAAAUCAUAAAUGCUUUAACAAACCAGAAGAGAUGGGCAUUGAGGAAGAUAUCAUAAGGAAACAUACAACCCCAGCCUACAGGCCCCCAGAGAUGUGGGAUCUCUACAGAAGAGAAGUAAUUAGCGAGAAAGUCGACAUUUGGGCCUUGGGGUGCCUUCUCUAUAGAAUAUGCUACUUCAAGUCUGCAUUUGAUGGAGAAUCCAAGUUGCAGGUACUCAAUGGCAAUUAUCGUAUCCCUGAGCAACCCAAGUAUAGCACUGCUGUCACAGGGUUGAUCAAAGAUAUGCUGGAAGCCUCUCCAAAUGCCAGACCAGAUAUCACACAGGUCUGGUUUCGUGUUAAUGAGCUACUGCCGCUUGAGUUACAGAAAAACUUACCUGAUGGACCUUCAUCAGCCAUUUCCAUGAGUUUGCAUGACGAAAAUGCCUACAAAAGAACACAUGUGAUGCCUAGAAGGAACCCUCCUCCGCCUCCGAGAGAGCAAUCUAAUAGUUCCCUGUCUCAUGGAAGCUCAAAGGCAGGAGAUGCACCUCUAGGUGCAUUUUGGGCACAACAUGCACAGGGUUCUCAAGCUGCAGAUAACAGGAAUCCUUUGUUUGAUGAGGAGCCAAUUACACCAUCUCUAUCAUCAAAGCAUAACCAAAGCAGCGUGGACACCAGCAUCAUUAUCCCUGGAGAUAGGCACGGUCAUUCUGGUCAUGUGUCACGAAUAAGUAAAGCGCCAAGUAACUCUGUAUCCAAUAAUGGAUUUACAGGUGUCUCUGACACAAAUUUGUUCAUGGGGACACAAAGUUCUGUGAAAAUUAAAGCACAGCAACCUCAACCCAAGCCAAAAUGUGAGAAAGAAUUCAACAGCUUUGUUGCAGACUUUGACACAAACAAUCUCCACACUGGGACUACUGCAGCUGGUAAGGCAUCUGAACUUGAACAAGAAGUUUCCGGUCUGAAGGAGCAGUUGAAGAAAACCACAUUGGAGAAGGCCGAGAUGACGGCCAAGUACGAAAAGCUGUCUGCAAUCUGCCGAUCUCAGCGCCAGGAGAUUCAAGAGCUGAAACGCACUCUUGCCGAGACGACACCACCUCCAUUGAACAAAGUCAGCUCGAGGACACAAGAGUUUCAGCGAAAGGAAAAGGUCGAAGGAACGGUGUGGGAGCUUGAACAAGGAAUGCUUGCAAGCAACUCUUCAUUACCCAGCUCUGAGGCCAAAACAUGGCAGGCAUUCCCUGAGCCAAAAGCUCAGGCCCGUCCAAAGGUCGAUCAUGCAACCAAUGUAAGGCAAAGCGUAACAAAGAACACAAACUCAGGUCCUUCCCCAGAUGUGUGGGGUUUCAGUGCUGAUAAUUUCAGAACAUCAUCAUCAUCAUCAAGCUCUGCUGCACAGAUCAACAGGACUACUGCUCAGGGGAGUUCCUCCCAGAGGUUCGGCACUGGGGCAGCGAAGAAAGUAGGGCAGCCAUCUGGAUGGGCUGGUUUUUAACUUCACAUCAACAUACGCGGUAACCAUCAUUCUCGUUUCAGACUUGCAGACUGCCCGGUGCUGCCGCUCUUGCGAAUGGACGAGGUCAGUUGUGAUUCAGUGAUUCUUGCCUGCCAUUGGGUGUCCAAAUCGGUUAUCUUCAGUGUGUGCAUAGUUGGUUGAGCCAACUUAGACAUUGAUUUCUGCGACUGUUUGACAUUACCCUGUUAAUAAGUAAAUAUUUACAGCGUUGUACUUAUUUCCGUGCAUGGAAUAUGACCAUGUAAUGACUGCCUGCCCUAGCAGUAUCAAUGGCAAGCUAUACCGUUUCAUGAGCUACUAAUUUCUUGCUGCUACCAUACUGGCCGCUAGAGUACGUUUCAAAGCACAUACUGCAGAAACAUGGACGCCUUUGUUUUGUAUUUUCUGGUUCAAAAUGUCAAAUUAUACUAAAAUGUAUCUUAAUUUGCCUUACCUUCUUUUUACGAGGAAACCUGCGUCGCUGUUGCUUUGCAAUCCUGCAACAUGGACCAACCGGCCGUAGUUUCUUCGCUUUGGAGCGUCACGCAACUAUGGAAUUGGAAGGAAACCGACCCAUGUAACGCAACCACGGAGCAGCAAUCAAACAACAAAGAUCUGAAAAAGUCAUCUCCUGUCACGUACUUCGCCCAGAUAUGCGUGCUAAGGGUGUGUGUGAUUGUAAAAAAAAGCUGCAUUCGUAUAGUUUGGUUGAGUAAAAGUAGAUUGGAGGAGCCGUAUAUUGAGAAGAGUGUUUAGUUGUUUGUAUGAGCGGAUACAGUAAACCUAUGAAUGUGUUUGGUUGUCUGUAUGAGC